GUAGUUUGUUUUUAGGAGAAUGCCAUGACGCAACCGGGCACUUUGGUUACAAAAAGACGAGUGUUAAUCUAAUACAACGAUUUUGGUGGCCUAGAAUGCUAGAUAACGCGAAGAAGUAUGUAGAGACCUGUCAGGUCUGUCAGCGGGACAAGCCGCGAACUCAAGCACCGCUUGGGUUGCUGAAGCCCUUACCUAUCCCCGCUGGUCCAGGACAGAAUGUUUCCAUGGAUUUCAUGGAUACCUUGGUGACCAGCAAGAGUGGCAAGAGGCACAUCUUCGUCAUCAUUGAUCGAUUCACCAAGUACGCUAGACUAGUUGCCAUGCCAGAGACCGCAAGGACGGACCAUGUCAUCAAGUUGUUCCAAGACAACUGGGUGCGUGACUUUGGUUUACCAAAGACAAUCGUUAGUGACAGAGAUGUCCGUUUCACAAGUGAGCUGUGGAAGAAGACUGCUGAGCAGAUGGGCAGUCAACUUCAGAUGACUUCAGGGAAUCAUCCCGAAGCCAACGGACAGGCCGAGCAAAUGAAUAGAGUUGUACAGCACUUGCUGAGGCAUUACAUCAAGCCCAGCCAGGAUGAUUGGGAUGAGAAGUUGCCUCUCAUCGCCAGCUUGUACAACAACGUUGUACACAGCAGUACCGACGUUAGUCCUAACCAGCUGCACUUGGGAUGGAAGCCUAGAUCUGCUCUAGACUUCCUACCUGAAAACCGAUCCUCUGCAACUCCAGGCACACUUGAGUAUGGUGUGCAGUAUGAGAAGUUGCUGCAGCAAGCUGUCGAGCAUAUUAAGAAAGCUCAGCAAGCAAUGAUUGCUUCUGAGAACAAGCAUCGACGACAAUCCUCAUUUCAGGUAGGGGAACGUGUCUGGGUCAAGGCUAGUGAGCUAGGACAGGAAUUCGGUUUCUCUAGAAAACUCAUGCCUCAGUACUUUGGUCCUUGGGAAGUCCUGGAUGUAGUGGGGGAUGAGAUGGAUGGUCCUACCUAUGUUAUCCGUAUCCCUGGACACCUACGCACUCACCCCGUCUUUCAUGCCUCAAAGCUUGCACCUUUCGCUGAGACUGAUCAAUUCCCUUCAAGGAAAUCGAUGCUGCCCCCAACCAUGGAUGGUCAAGUGGACAUCGACGACAUUGUGGAUCACAAAGAUCUGCCUGUUCAGAAGCCUUUGGGUAGAGGAAGACCUCCUAAACCCAAGAGAGAAUAUCGCGUCAGAUUCAGGCAUCAUACGGAUCCAAAAGAAGACCAGUGGUUCACCAGAGAGGAACUGAUUGACACAGCUCCUCGGGUGGUAGCAGAAUAUGAGAGGAUGCUGAAAGGGAAGGCACCUGCGAAGUAAGCAUCUCAGCGGACUUUCGAAGCUAAGGGGGAUGGAAUGUGAGGAUUGAGCCCUCAAGAAG